AAUGACAACAUAAACAUAUAAUUAAAUAAAUGCUUCCAAAAUGUACAAACCUCUAAUAAUUAGAGUAAAAAAGCUUAAGCCUAAAGCAAUACUUAUUUCAUUAAAUUACAAAUAAUGAAAAAUAUGACAUCAUAUUUAUUUAUACUAUGCACUAACGGUAAUCUAAGGCUUUCUUGAAUUAUACUCUUUGUUUAUUUCACUAGUCACCAGCAUGAGAUUGAGAUGUCCUUUUCAAUGUCCUAAACAAUUGCUACAUUUGAUUGAUGGAAAUUUCAUUUUAUGCUUAGUACUGCCAAAUCAAAUGAACCAUUUUGUACAUUAGGAAACUUCCUUUAACCCUCCCUUUCUCUCCCAAUAUAUUCUCAUACUAGCAAAUCUCAAAAUGGUUAAACUAUUGCAUUCAUUUCAGCAAAAUGAGCAAGGGUCCUGGUGUAUAUUCAAGUAUUGGAGAUAAAGCCAAAGAUGUUCUUUAUAAGGACUAUGCUCAACAAUCACCAAUUCACUUUCAUUACAAGUUCAUGGAUUGGAAUGCAGGCUUCGCUUGUAAAGUUAUAGAAAUUGUACCAGGAUUCAGGACAGUUUUCAAAUGUACCAUACCAGAUUCCGGGAAGGUAGAACUACAGUAUUUGAAUAGAUUCACUGGGAUUAGUGGAUGCAUUGGAUUGUUAGGAAGCGAAGAAGGACAAUAUGAACCUGUUCUAAACUUCUCAGGCCUUCUAGGAACAAGCAUUCUGUCUCUUGGAGCCAAUGUUGCCUUCCACAUACCAACAAGAUCGAUAACCAAGCUUAAUGCUGGUUUCGGCUUCAACAGUGCCUUCCUCGAAGCUUCGUUGACCUUGCAUGACAGCUUCGACACUCUAAAAGCUACGUUUUAUCAUCAAGUGAAUCCCCUAACCCAGACUGCCAUUGCAACACAGGUGAAGCAUAGCUUGUCACUCAAGGAAACUGGUGUAAACAUUGGUGUUCAGCAUGCGUUUUUUCCGCAAACGCUGUUAAAGGCUCGAUUUGACAGCUCUGGCAAGGCAGGUACUCUUAUUCAACAAGGGUUUUGGCAGAAGUUUUUUGUAACUAUGGCCGGUGAAAUUGACUUCGGGGCCGAAGAUAAGACUCCGAAGUUUGGAGUUUCCAUGGCUCUAAGACCCUAGUCUAUGCCAAGGAGAUAAGGAUUCAUGUUAAACUGAAAAGGUUGUUGCAUGAGGAGACUUUCAAACAAUGACACAAAACUUCCUCAAUAUCCAACGACAGUACUAGUAUUAGAUAUCUAUUUAUCACUUCUACUGCAAAAUUUUAAAAUUCAUGCUUAUUCAUAUAGAACAUUAGUCUCUGAAAAUAGCUCUAGACAUAUUUUCUUUUCUUAGAUUUACCGGCAGCUUCAUGCUACUUCCGUUAUCUACUUUGUUUUGGGAAACUCUAUUAGUCAUAAAGGGGGGAGCAAGUUUAUAUUUCUCAGUUAAAAAGAACACUGAAAUGCAAGCCUUCAGAUUCUGAAGGACAAAAUUGUAAUGUACCAUCCUCUCAGAUAUUAUUAUUAUUUAUUUAUUAUAAAGACAGAA